CUGAGGGUAACUUGUUGGGUAGCGGGCAAAGCCGAAGUCUUGCUUCAGCUUCGAAAGCCGCGCUUCGCUGAGUGCUCUAGUCUCAGAGCUGCAAACCCUAAGCGGCCUAUUUCUUUUCGCUCUUUGCUUGCUUUUUGCAAAAGCAUGGAGGAGCCGAUGCCGAUGCUGAUGCCGAUGCGGAUCCGACUGGAAUUCGAGGAUCGCCGCAUCCUCUCCAAGUCCCAGCGCAAGGAUCAUCUUCGCCGCUCGUGGCUCCUCGUCCGUCCAGAAAACUUCGCCACCGUCGCAGAUGUCGCCGCCCACAUCUCCGAUGUUUUCAGCCUACGUCGCACUUGCCCAUUCGGCCUCCUCCUCUAUAUGGGUGAAUUUGUCCUGCCUCCAUUUGAGUCAACUAGCAUUUUUAGGGACAGUGACAUCAUCAGAGUGAAAAAGAAGGCUAUUAAGAACAGGAAGAUUCAGAUACAGGAAGAUGCAAUUCAAGAUACCAAUAAUGUUGCAAGGUUUGAUCAGCUGCAUGCUAACAUUGAUUCACCUCUUCAUGUUGCUGAUGCCACUGACAAGCACGAAAAGGCACCUCUGCAAACUUCAGGAAAAGAAAGGAUGGUUGAAGGGAGAGAUGAAGAUGCUUUUAAAAAUAACCCCACGGAUGCAGCACCAAUUAACAACUGGGACGUGGAAGUAGCAAAAGCUAAAUCUGAAGCGUCAGCUACCCAUUUCAUAGAGAUAGCAUCAGAUUUUUCCAGAGACCAGAUGAAUGAUCAAACUGAGAAGAGCCUACUUCCGCAGGAAUACUGGGAUUGUUGGAUUUCUAAUAAGAACCCCCCGGCUUCCUGGGCAUGGGGUGUGAGAGGAAGAAGUCCUUCACGAAAUCAUGGUGGCAAAUCUGGCUGCUACACUUCAGGCAAGUAUCUCGACUCCAACAAAUACUCUAAAUCCAAAUAGUGAGAGAUGUGUUUCCUCAUUGAUGGUUAGCAUUUCAGUUAAGAAAUGUUAGGUUUCAAUGGAGGAACCCAAGUUUUGGAAUCUAAGUGGUGAGAGAACUGUGUUAAUUCAUCAAUGGUUGGCAUUUCAAUUAAGAAAUGUUAGGUUUCAAUGGAGGAGACCAAGUUUUGGGACAUUGAAGCAAUAUGCCAACUUGGGUUUUGGAACUGUGAAAUGUUUGCCUACCCAACUUUUGUGUGUGUAUAUAUAUAUAUAUUGAUAAACAAUAUAUAGAAAUGUUAGUCGAUCCCGUGAUAAGACUUCAGCUGUUAUUUGCUAACUUGGUUGUGUACACGCUAUACUAAAACUCUCUCAAAAGUAUGUGGAUUUUUUUAGUGAUUA